AUGGAGGGUUCGCCGGACAACGUACGGAACAGAGUCCCGGAGGACCCGCCCACUGUCAUCGUGUCCGAGGACGAACCGAUCAUCGAACACCGUGUCUCAUUCUUCCCUAUCCUAUCUGAACAGCGCAAGCUUUGGCUUCUGACGCACAUCCGCGAAGAACGCGUAACAUCACUGCUAGACGUGGGCUGUGGCGAAGGAUCGCUCCUCUGGUCUCUAUCGAACCCUGCUUACUGGCUGCCCGAUACUCUACCGGGUUUCGUUUACGCUCACGUUCGCACUCUACAUGGCUUAGAUAUCUCAGCGGAAUCACUGGAUUACGCAAAAGGCGCUAUUCAACCCACACCACCGAGCCCCUAUUCACUGCCUAGAUGGGAACCGCUGAGCGCGAGCUUGUGGCGUGGAGGUUUGCAGAAAGUAAACGACGAGUUCAAAGGAAUAGAAUGUAUCGUCGCGAGCGAAGUUAUCGAGCAUCUCCCUCCUGGCGCCUUUGCCGCCUUCGCGCCCGUACUCCUCGGAUGCUAUGCUCCGCGUCUUCUACUCCUCACGACGCCUUCGUACUCGUUCAACCGACUCUUCAUUCCACCUCCACCUUCUACACCUGGGCGAGAAGACCCAUGGUUGACGUGGGGCUGGCCUUCACCGACACAGCCUGGCAGGCGCAUGCGGCACGACGACCACCAGUUCGAAUGGACGCCGGCUGAGGCGAAGGAGUGGUGUACUGCUGUAGGCGAAGCGUGGGGAUACGACUUCAAGCUCGGCGGGGUGGGCAUUGCUACCGUGACCGACCCAUGGGGAAGGACUAUCGAUGACGACAACGAUGCGGGCGGAAGGGCCAGUCUUGUGGUAGAGUUCCGAAGGCGGAAAGGUGAAGAAGCGGAUGCGCGCCGGAAAACGGCGUGGGCGGCGUGGUGCCAGGGUGAAGGUGCUGAAAUGGCAGAGGAGGCCCCACACGAGCAAGUCGAGGCGAUUGAGCAUGUUGCGCAUGAGCAGGGCGGUAAGCCCCGGUCUCAUGAGGAGAUAGCGGACUCCGCAAGGCAGGCAAUUCGAGAGCGUCGGUCGGCUAGCGCGCGUCUGUGCGAGAUUUGGAGUGAGACGGCGACAGUAUGUGGAGGCAGUCGCGUCGCGCUUGUCGAAGCUCUGGACGCGGACCCCAGGUUCCGUAUCGACAAAGAUAUCCUGGAUGCACAACGGUGGGAAAUAACGUUGCUUGGAGAGGAGGGCGAGUUGGCUAAAAACUGGGAGGAGCCUGUCGUGGAAGUUCAGGAGCACUUGGAUCCUGAGCAGAGUGAUGAGUACGAAGAAUACGACGAAGACGUUGAGGAAAGCGGUUUGGUGGGAGAUGAUGACACGAAUGUGGCUGCCGACGGAGAGGUUAGCGCAUGGGGGGCUGCUGAAAGUGAAGGCGGUUGGGGCGGUUGGGAUACCACUGAUGCGAAUUACGAGCAACUCUAA